GCCAUCGCCAAUCGCACCGUUGGCCCGGGGCAGCCUGUAGACCACUCUGCUCAAGGCGGUGGUCGAUGCGAGGGAACACCGCUGGGCUACCGCCAUUUCGGGCACAGAACCCUCAUGGCCGAUCGCCCACACUUGGCCCUGAUCUGUCCCGCCAUCGCCGAUCGCUUCAACACAACACCUGGCCUCACUCCCCCCUCCUCACGCACACACCGAUUCGCAUCUCUCCCUCACGGCCCCGUCGCCAUGUCCAUCGAGGAUCUUCUGGCGUCCGCCACGCAGCCAUCCCGCUCACAGCCAACCGACGAGAUGGCUGAUCCGUCCUUCCAGGACUUUCUCAGAACCAUGUCUGAGAACCCAGAGCUCGCAGCCAAGGUCCUUUCCGGCCUUCCUGCCGACCCGCUCGCCCAGCCCGACGAGCAUCCAAAAGCCUUUGAAGUUGUCCCCGAGCCCGGGUUCGUCGUCAAGACCCUCAACCAAACCGAAGUUGGCGACUGGGCUGCCGGGCUGAAGGUAUUCAUCAACCUCUGCCACAGCGAGCAAAUCCCUCCGCCGCCUUUGGCAUCCGACGAAGAGAUUCGUCGGGCGCUGAAUGCCGAAGACAACACCGCCUUCCGCGUUCCACUCUCACUCUCGGGUCCCAAGGCCGAAAAGGACAAGUCCGGCAGGGCCUGCCUUGUCUUUGAUGCGUGUAUCAACACGCAGCCCUUCCUCAAAUGCAUGGCCGACGAGGACUUCAAGCUGUUCCUGGUCGAGCUGUCGAUGGAGUGGGUUGAGGAGAAGCAUCGUUUGGAUCUCAGUCGAGAGUUCACAUUGCCAAAGCUGAAAACCAAGGGCCAGCUCUCCAAGCACAUCAUUCGGCGGACGCAGCGACCCCAGAUUUCUGAGAUCAAUCCGGUGUUGACCUCGGCGACAGCUCAGAGAUUGAGAGGUUCACCGGCUGCGACUGCAUCCUCGUCAUCACAAGCGUUACGUCGCCUGAAAGAGCCCAAGCACAACCUGGUCGUCAAGGGAAGCGACGUGAUUGCCACCAUCGAGUUGCCUGAUCUCACUUCCACCCGCAGCUGCACGGUGGACAUUGAGUCCGAUCGACUUUUGUUCCAUUCACCCGAGCGAUACGAUCUGGAUCUGCGUCUGCCCAGGGCCAUCGACACCGAGCUCGGCGAGGCAGUCUUCAACCGCGAGACCAGGGUGCUGACCAUCACCAUGACGUCGGUGUAGACGGCAUUCCAAUACACACCAUGCUAUCUGCACAUG